AUGUAUCCUUCAUUAUCAACCUCAUCAUCGUCUGUCUCAUCAUCAGAAUCAGAAUCAGAAUCAUCUCCAAAACUGUUAGUAUCUUCAUCAAAAUCACUACCUAUAUCUCAAUCUUUAAUUGAUAAAUAUCUUACAUUUAAUAAUAAAUUCAAUAAAGAUCAAUUUAAUCAAUAUUCUGAUGAUCGUUUUAAUCAUUAUUAUGAUUAUUAUUAUAAUCAUCAUCAUCCACGAAUGUCGAAACGUGCUGAUUUGAAAGAUUUAUCAAUUCAUAGUGAUAUGGCAUUUAUACGUAAAUUAUUCGAUCAAAAAAAUCAUGAAUUAUUAAGACUUGGAUAA